CGACGCGAAGCCUGUGAAUGUUUGACAACGAUCUUACACGUGCGAAGACAACAAAGACAGAAAAUCCAUCUCAAAGUACCGAUAUCAAUUCAGUUUCUGCUAAGGGAUGCGAUAACCUGAGUGGAAACCUUCUUUCUGCCCAAAGGAUUCACGAAUUUCGUCGCCACUUUGCCUAUCUAUAAGCUGUUUGUCUCAGGGAAGAAACCCGCUCAGUGGCUUGAAUUGGCGGAAUCUGAAGCACUUGAUCCACAAGAGGUGCGGAAACAAGUAUAUCAUUCAUUGACAAUGUUAUACUAUUACAAUCUCCACUCUUGCUCUCAUGACCUGGAGAUGCUGAUACAUUACAAUGGUGUCAACCUGCGAUGACAUGCGCUUGCAGAUGCUCCGGGACCCAGCAUGCCUGCAGGCACAACCUUUAUCACAGUUGUGGGAGCCCUUGUGGAAAGCAGUCGUUGCAUGGACGAACUCCCAAACAAGGACGCGUUAACCGAGUCAGCUAUCGACAUCAGUAUUGGUGACCUUGGGAAACGAUUGAGGGCCCACCUUUUAUCGCUUAGGUAUCGUCGACGCCGUAUGGACACUCGGGGACCAGGUCUGCGGCUCUACUUCAUUAUGUGCCAGCCGAUCCUCUACAUUGUUGAAGAUUGCUCGGGCGCCCGGAGGGCUGUGGAUAUCCAAGUCACCUUUACAUGCAGUGAAAGUUUGAAGCGAGUGUCAUCAUCGGAAUUCUCGGAUACAAUCGAGGCGGUCGAUGGCGAGUCCGACUCGAUGACAACGAUGAGCCUCAACCGCAUGAACCGCCCUAACACCCAUGGAAGCACUGCAGGGAGGGAAAUUCUGUCGCGGGGGAAACACAAAGGAAAAGUAAGAAAGGAACAUGACAGUUCUGGUUCAGUGGAUGUUACAUGUGACGCUGGCGAUGCGCGCACCCCCGCAGCCACGAGCAACGACGAGCAACAAGCUUUGUCAGGUCGUGACAAAACCCCUGGAAAGUUAUCAAUGCUCGUCUCAGUUUCACGUCGAACACGGGCCUGCAUCCUCCAUAGCGUACAACAAAUUUCCCACGACUCGAUAUGUAUCAAUACCGUGCACUGGUACUGUUGGAGCAAGACUGCUCGUCUUCGCACUCUGAUUCAUUGGGUGGUUUUGACUUCAGUUCAGACUUGGACACAAUGUCCCAUUUUACUGGCUCAUCUCUGGAUUCUUGAUGCUUCGCAGAGGGACUACAGCAAGGGCCACAGUCAGCGCCUGGCUUGCGCAGCUGCUAGACUUGGCCGUCUGUCCAGCGUGACAGGGACUAUUCACAGGAACGUGAUUGCAACUACGGGCGAGCCCAAUAGCGCGAGGACUUAUGUUUGCCAUCUUCCCCUCGUCGGUACUGAAGAUCACAUGAUGGGAAGACGAGACUCGCCACCCCACUGCCGCCAUGAUUCACUCCCGCAUCGUUCGCACAUCAAUGAGACAGAGAAUGGGGAUGUGGAAAGCCAUAUGCCGACAGGCCUUAGCGAACAGGUCUACCUUGGAAUUCUUGGGCAGGAGUGUGGGAUACAACAACGUCGUCGUGAGAGUAAUUAUAUGAAUGAGUGA